UUUUUGCAAGUUGUAAAUAGCACAAUAUUUAAUAAAUUCAAAAGUAGAAUUUGGAAUAAUUGAAAUGUCAUUGAAUAUGGGGAAGGAGAGAGCCUUUGCACAACGUUUACACAGAAACCAACAAACAAACUCUGUUGCAUCCUCUAUGAUGAUACCUGGCAAUCGCCAAUCACAAAUUUCAAAAGUUUCAUUAACAGAACUUGCUAGUUAUCAAAAUGCUGCCUCAGCAACUUUUCAAGAUGUUGUUGAGCCAGUUGACUUUGAAGAAUUUAUUAUGCAGCAACAAUCUCUAGCAGAUGAUAAUAAUCCUUUAGCUGUGCUCUCAGAGUUUCCUGACGAUGAUAUAGAGGUAACCACAAUCAAAAGAGCAUACCGAACAGUAGGACCAUCUGUUCCUGAUGGAAACCUGUCUAUUAAUGAUUCAUUUGUAAAAGAUUGCAUAAAAUCGUACACAAAUGAUUGGUCUGUUGUAAACAGAAAAUAUCAAAUGAAGGGUUUUAAGAAUAAGCGAACAAACAAAAAAAAUACUUUGGAUAAACAACAACAUCGACAUGAGUAUGAAAUUGAUAGUGUCAAUAAAAAUGAAGAAGAACAAAAGAAAGCAGACUCAUUGCAAAAAGCAAUUCAAGAUACACCACGUGGAAGCUGGGCAUCUAGCAUUUUUGACUUGCAGUCUUGCCCACCAGACCCUUUGCUUGAAGCACUAUUUGAUGACAUUUCAUUUGAAGAAAUGGAUCGACAAAAUGAGAUUUUUCGUCAUAAAAAAAGACUAGAUUCAAUAUUUUCUUUCUUUACGCAGUCAGAAGAUGUUCAGUUUGUUACACGUACUCCAGCUGUCAUUCCUCAAGAACAUUUUGGCCAACGAAUUCUUGUUAGAUGCACUGAGCUAAAACUGGAUUUAGAUGUUGAGCCAAUAUUUGCUACCAUGGCGCUCUAUGAUUAUAAACAGAAAAAAAAAAUAUCAGAAAACUUUCAUUUUGAUAUGAAUGAAGAUUCACACAAAAAAAUGAUAUCAUCUCAUUCAAAAGGAAAACCUGAUAUUUCAACAUUAGCAAAAUCAUGCAUUUUUUCAGUUACUUAUCCUUCAAAUGAAGUUUGUCUUGUCAUAAAAUUAGAAAAAGUUUUGCAGCAGGGUGAGAUUACUGAUUGUGCUGAGCCAUACAUGAAAGAUUCAGAUAAUCCAAAGGUCAAGGAAAAAGCUCGAGCUCUAGCAGAACAGUUCUGUGAAAAAAAUGGAGCUUAUAGAAUGCCAUUUGCAUGGACUGCUAUACACUUGGUUGAUGUUAUUACUGGAGCUAAUGUUGGAGAAACUAAUAACCAAGGGAGUAAUGAACAGUUGUCUAAAGAUAAUGGAAACAAGAACAAUUCUCCUGAUGGGCCUCCUAGUCUUAGAAAUUCCAUGAGGCGUCAGGGUGAUUCAUUAACGCGUCGACCAUCAAACAACUCAGACAAUGCUCGUCCUUCAUUUCGUUAUGAGCGUACUCAAGGAGAACCAGAAGAACAUGUUGUUGAUUUAAAUAAUUUUAGAGCAAUUUGUUUAACUGUUAGUACAUUCUUUAAACAGGAAUCUGAAAAGUUAAGUGAUGAUGAUUUAAUCAAAUUGCUUGCUGAUCUGCGAAGACCAAAUUCUUUACUUAAAAAGCUUAAAUGUAUUCAAGGAAUUUUAAAGAUGGAUAUUACACCACCUCCAGAGAAUAUCAAAUACAGUUUGACACCUGAGCUGCAACCGGUCAAUCCAUACCCAGAUAAACAAGGAGCUCCUGUAAAAGAAAUUCAGGAAUUUGCGCCAAAAGAAGUUUUUGUUCCAUAUGUUACAUAUAGGAAUACACUUUACGUUUACCCAACAUCAUUAAACUUUACUAAUAGAUCUGGUUCUGCGAGAAAUAUUGCAAUCAAGAUACAACUAAUGGCUGGGGAAGAUUCUUCUCAUGCUUUAUUGAAUAUAUAUGGUAAAUCUUGUGGUAAAGAGUUUGUUACAGAAUGUUAUACUCCAAUUGUUUAUCACAACAAAUAUCCCUUCUUUUAUGAAGAAGUGAAGAUUAAACUUCCAAUGAAUCUUGAUGACAGACAUCAUUUGUUGUUUACAUUUUAUCAUAUCAGUUUUAAAUCAGACACCAAUGGAUCUCUUGAAGCAACACCUGUGGGAUUCACUUGGGUGCCUUUAUUGAAAGAUGGUCGAUUGCAUUUGGGUGAAUUUAAUCUACCAGUGGCUAUUGAAAAACUUCCGAGCGGCUACAGUAUACUAUCUACAGAUACCCCUCUUCCAAAUAUGAAAUGGGUUGAUGGUCAUAAAGGAAUUUUUACUUGUGCUGUCCGUGCAGAAACAUCUCUUCAUACUCAGGAAAUAUAUCUUCACCGCUUUUUUCAACUUUGUCAUUACUUAGAAGGAAGAUCAAGCUUUAAAAAUAUUGACAAUAGUCUUGAAAAAAAUCUUCGUAGAACUGUAAAGGAUUUAGAAAAAUGUCACAAUGAACCUUUAAUAAAGUUUCUCUACCAUAUUAUUGACAAGCUUUUUAUGUUGCUCGUAAAGCCAACAAGUUUUUCAGGAACUGCCGUGAAUGUAUCACAGUGUGCAUUUGAAGCUUUAACUGAAAUUGUGUAUCGCGUCCAUGAACUACCAAACUGUUCACAAAAUAAACAUGGUCAUUCCAAUCUCUUGUCAUCUUAUGUGACUUAUGUUUUCAAUUUGGCUGGAUCUUGUACUCCUACUGUCACUCCAACUAGCUCACCAAAUUUUCAAAAGAACUCACCUAAUAUCUUGCAACAAUCAUCUUUGAGCAGUAGCAAUCCAACAAUUUAUGAUCAAACUGUAAAAGAUCUGGUCAAAGAAUCUUGGAUGGAUGAUAUCAUGAAUGAAUAUAAUAACUUAUCAAGAAACAGGAAUAGUGUUGCAGAGCAAAACAAAUCUUCAGCUCAACAGCAGUUUAGUCAUAAGCUUGUUCACGAAGAGAUUGCUAUGCAAUGGGCUGUUGCACAGAAUCCUUUUAAAGAACAUGCUAUGAAUUAUGCUUGGUUUUAUUUUGACAUAAUGGCAAAAAGUAUGGCUCAGUACUUAGACUUAGCUGAUAGGUUAUUUUGGUCACGUAAGGAAAGAUUUCAUGAAAGAUUUCUAGAUGAUGUGGUUGGCCUUGUUACUAUGAUCACUUCAGAAAUUAUUAAUACACAAGAUCAGAGCCAAAAUUCACAAAUAUUGAAUUUCAGUCUGGCAUUUUUUUUGAAUGAUUUAUUUUCAUUAAUGGACAGAGGAUAUGUUUUGAAUUUGGUUAAAAUUUAUUUGAAAGAGAUGUCUGAUGCCAAUGGUUUUAUAGAUCAAAAUCUAUUAUCUCUCAAAAUGGAGUUUUUGCAGAUUCUUUCUAGUCAUGAACAUUUUGUUGUUUUAAAUCUUCCUUUUCCCAUUAUGGAUGCACCUUCAAUGAAAUCGCCAACUGUAUCAUUAAAAAGUGCAAUGAGCGACACUUCAUCUCUUUAUUCUAUGAUGGUACAAGAUUCAUCUGCUGGUAUUGCAGAGCUUUCGAUUGCUUUUAGAGAGCAGCAUUUUUUGAUAGGAGCAUUGCUGUGCGAAGUUAAAAACAGCUUUGAUACUAACGAAAAUGAUGCUAUGUCUCAAGCUGUUGACAUAGUAAAAGAUGCAAUCUCAUUACAUGAUGUUGACAGUCGCUAUGAUUUACCUGAGUGUCGUAGUCGCAUCGCAGCUUUGUAUUUACCUUUACUUGCCAUUGUGAUGGAGAUUUUGCCCACAUUGCAUGGCUAUGAAAGUGAAAAAGAUGAGUUAAUUAAUGAAUCUGUAGCAAAUGCAAUUGCAACAUCUAGUGUCCUGCAGAAAAGUAGAGAUGAUCGCCAAGAUAUACAGUCUCAAAUUUCAAGAACACCAAAACUUUCAAUGGAAUCAACCAAAAAUAUACUUAUGUGUUUUUUGUGGGUGCUCAAAAAUUUAAGUACUUCAGCACUUAAAUGUUGGGUGAAAAAAAUGUCAGCAACCAGGUUAGUUCAACUUUUAGAAGUUUUGGAUUUGAGUAUCAAACUUUUUGAGUACCAGACCUCUAAGAAAGAUAAAAAUCAGAAAAAUAGAAACAGCAACAGUAUAAACCUUCCAGCAAAAUCUCAUUCUGCUAAAAGCAGUUUAUCAGCUACAGAUAAUAACAAAGAAAGAUUGAAAAAUUUAGAGAAUGCAAUUAUGAAUCCAAGUGCAUCGCAAGAAAUGAGAAGACGCAAAGAAGCAUCAAUGGAACGUAAAGAAGACACACCCAAGUUAAGAUGGAAUAAAGAGCAAACUGUUUGGAAGAAAGCAAAUAAGCCCAGUUUAACAUCUGAUCAAAAGUUGGAUAAUCAAGUUGAAGGAAUUUUUAGUGCAGAAAUGUCAAUGACUGUACUUGAUACAAUUGAACUACUUGUGCAGAGUGUAGAGACUAAUGACAUGAUGAAAAGUGUUGUUGAUAAUUGUUUGAGAGUGUUAUUACAUUGUCUUUCUUGCAAUCAAAGCAUAGAAGUGUUGCAGAAUAUGUUUGCAACUCAAAGAUGUAUUGUUAAAAAGUUUCCAGAACUUGUAUUUGAAGAUGAAACUGAAUUAUGUGCAGAUCUUUGUUAUCGCCUGUUGACACAUUGUAGUUCUAGUUGCCACCUUAUUCGUGCACAAGCAAGUGCUUCUUUGUACCUUCUAAUGAGGCAGAAUUAUGAGAUUGGAAAUAACUUUUCUAGAGUUAAAAUGCAGGUUACAAUGUCAUUAUCAACACUAGUCGGUUCUGCAGAGAGUUUUCGAGAAACAUUUCUUCGCAAAUCUCUAAAAACAAUAAUAACCUACGCACAGUCAGAUCAACAACUAAAGGCCACACCUUUUCCUGAGCAAGUUCGGGAAUUAGUGUUUAAUUUGCAUAUGAUUCUAACAGACACUGUCAAAAUGAAAGAAUAUGAGGAAGACAGAGAGAUGUAUAUUGAUCUUCAAUACAGAAUUGCAAAAGGCUACCAAACAUCUCCUGAUCUCAGAUUGACUUGGCUUCAAAAUAUGGCUAAAGAUCACAUAAAAUACAACAAUUUUACAGAGGCUGGAAUGUGUCUUGUUCAUUCAGCUGCACUUGUGUCUGAAUAUUUAUCCAUGUUUAAGGAUAAGAGAUAUCUUCCUAUUGGCUGUGUUAGUUUCCAUAAUAUUUCAACAAAUACUAUAGAAGAGUCUGCUACUUCUGAGGAUGUUAUAUCAGUUGAUGAUGAGGGAAUAUGCAGUGGAAAGUAUUUUUCGGAGUCUGGCUUGGUUGGCCUUCUUGAGCACGCUGUUCACAUGUUUAAAACUGCUCAAAUGUUUGAGCUAGUAAAUGAAGUUGACAAAUUGCUCAUUCCAAUUUUAGAGGCACAAAGAGAUACUAAAAAACUUCAUAUGCUUCAUAUGAGACUUGCUGAUGGAUAUAAUAAAAUCAUGCAAAUUGAAGGUAAAAGAAUGCUUGGUACAUAUUUUAGAGUGGGUUUUUUUGGUUCUAUAUUCGGUGAUAUAGAUACAGAAGAGUUUAUAUACAAAGAACCAGCAAUUACUAAAUUACCUGAAGUUUCUCAUAGACUAUUGAAUUUUUACAAAGAAAAAUUUGGGGAAGAAAGAAUUGAAAUUUUAAAAGAUUCAAAUGUUGUUGACUCACGGAAACUUGAUGAUAGUAAGGGAUAUAUUCAAAUUACAUAUGUUGAACCAUACUUCCUUGAAUAUGAGUUAGAAGAAAGAGAAACUUACUUUGAACUGAAUAAUAAUUUACGUAGAUUUAUGUUUGUCACUCCUUUCACUCCCAGUGGUAAAGCUCAUGGCGAUCUGGCUGACCAAUAUAAGCGUAAAACAAUUUUAACUCUUGCAAAUGCAUUUCCAUAUAUAAAAACAAGAAUUAAUGUUGUUCAACGGGAAGAGAUUGUUUUAACACCCAUUGAGGUGGCAAUUGAAGAUGUUGAAUCAAAAACAAACGAGUUAAAAAAAGCCAUGUCACACUCAAAACCUGAUGUAAAAAUGUUGCAAAUGGUUUUGCAAGGUUCAGUUGGAACAACUGUUAAUCAGGGACCAUUUGAAAUUGCAAAUGUUUUCUUGUCUGACUUUGAUAAAGAUCGCAAUGGAUCAUCUACAAUUACAAGGCAUCAUCAUAAGUUGCGACUUUGUUUCAAGGAAUUUGUUAAAAGAUGUGAACAAGCAUUGAUAAAGAAUAAAGCACUAAUUACACUUGAACAAAAGGCAUACCAAAAAGAACUGGAAAAAAAUUUCCAAACAUUUGUAGAAAAACUGGAACCUUUGCUCAAAAGCAAGUUUGGGAAUCUCAGAGGUUCAAUUCGAAAGAGUCAUGACUCAUCUCAUUUUAAAAACUUUACAAUACAAAAUGAAGGAUUCAGUCAAGCUUGAGCUAAGUAACUAAUAUCUAUGGAUAACUACUUAUGGAGAGGCCAACUGCCAAAAUGAAUUCCUGCUGAUAAUUCUUCGAAAAGAAUAUUAAAAAUAUACAUCUCACUUAACACAAAGAAAUCAUCAGCCUUGUACUUUUGGUGGAAAAGUGACAAUAGUUCAAAAUGUAAAUAUGAGAAUGAAUAAAGUUGCAAAGAAAUGCAUGUUAAUGAAUUCCGAUAUGAAAAAAAUAUUAUAGAGAACUUUGCUGUGACAAAAUGUAUAUUAGAAAUAAAAAACUUUUGUCUGAUUGCAUCAUAUAAAUAUUUAUCACUCUAUUGCA